AUGGGAACGUAGUGUGAUUUGUUCUCAGGACUAUAGCUGCCUAAACAUGCAAGGAUGAAAACGGGGCCAGUGUCAAGCUGGAGGGUAGCAGUCACGCAGUCACGAGUGUCCAACGCGACCUGUCACAUUCGUUACUUGUUUUCAAUUCAAUUCCAAGCGCACCUCACGGUCUCACCGGCACCCUUCACGUUCUUCUAAGCUCACUUCUCAGUAUCUAGGCGUAGGUGCGUCUAUUAGUCUGGCUGGGUUUGGUACUGAAUGAAUACUCAUAUCUGUUCAAUCCUACUUGUUCAAUCAUUAAGACGAUGACCUCUCUCAUAAAUGAACGACUACCUGAAGAGCUUCUCGCCGACAUUCUCCUCAGAUGGUCAUUUAUCGAUGAAGACGGAGCCUGGAUGGCUUCAGCCGUCUGCAAACACUGGAGGCGCGUGAUUCUCUCGUGCCCGCAAGCAUGGGCCAAGGUCUCCCUCACCUUUAAGCCCGAGGUUGCCAAGGUUCCCGAGGAGUGGUGCAUAGAGGAAGAUGACCUUGAUAGGGCUGCAUCACCCAGGGAGAAGCAACGCCCACUGGCACGAUGGCUCCAAAGGUCGGCUGGCGUGCCGCUGUUCUUACGUAUCCAUGUGGAGGUCCUAGCUCCAGGUCUCUAUGACAAAAUGGCUAACCUCCUACCCCACAUAAUGUCUCACCUUGACCGAGUCGUUGAACUGGAAAUCAACUCGGAUUCCUCGAUUUUUACAUCAUCAAUACUCGUACUUUUUUCAAGUCACCUUUUUCGUUUGCGUCGUAUCAGUCUCCAUUUUGUACGAUCCAGGCGGUUGGUUAUUCUAUUGCCCGAAGGUGAAGACUUUGGGCUGCCGGACUUUUGGACUCUCUUCUCCGCCUGCCGCGAAUUACAUGCUAUUACAGUUCGAGGCUGUGGUCUUCCCGUUCCGGCCAAUCCUACGCCGAUUCCACAACAACUAACAUAUCUCGACAUCCAGCAAGUCGCGCCCGACCACCAGGGAAUCAUGUGCUUGCCUCUGCUGUGCAAGAAUCUCACCGUUCUGCACAUUCACUCGAUCUCACCCUUCUGUUCUGAUACACCGCCCAAUAUGCGUAUAUCACUCCCGAACCUGACAACGUUGUCGUUGCUCAACAUGGGGACGAGUGAUCUGGCUUACCUAUUGCGAGACAUAGAUGCUCCUAGACUUUCUCGUCUCUCAUUGUCGGGCUUCGGCGAGUCAGAAUGGAGAGUCGAAAUCGAGGAAGGAGCAAAGACAUAUGAACUUUUCGCGGGUAUGGGUGAAGCGUUCGAAGCGUUCAUCAUGCGUUGCCCAGAAAUACGUGAGCUACAUAUCUCCGACACACUCUUUCCUGAUCGACAUUUACUUGCCGUCUUGCAACAUUUAAACAACCUGCGCGAACUUCAUCUCCAACGAACUUUCGUCGGUGCACCCGCUUUAAGAGCACUCACCCGCGUACAUCCCGCCGAAGAAGUUGCUGGGAAGAAAAUCCUCUGCCCUCAACUCUGGCGUCUCAAGUUUGUUCAUUGCGACUUUGUGUCUGCAGAAUACCUGGCAAGACUCGUACAAUCCAGGAAUUCGAUAUCGAGCGCGACUUCUCCCAUCAGAAAGCUGACUCUUAACUACUGCAGGAGCAUCCUAGAGAAAGAUGCACAGACGAUCAGGAACGCGAGUUCAUCGGCGAUGAAUAUCAGGUUCAAGGCUGCUGCGAUUGUCAAUGUUGAAGAGGAUGCGCAUGAAGUGGAAAUUGAGGAGGGUAAUCAGGGACUGCCAUUGCCUCCUCGUGUUACCUUCGCUAACUUUAUAGAACAAUUCAUAGAGUGAUCCGUCUCUCUAUUCAUCUCAGCUUUUAGUAUCAUGGCCAUCCUGUGCAGAUAAUACAAUUAGCUUGCGGGUGUAAGCUUUCUUAUAGGUUUAUCGGAAUGCUCGCGAAAUAGACAUCUGGAGAUAGAUUGAAAUUCGGAUACGGCACCAAUGACUUCAAAGCAGCAACAGAAAUCCUGUAAAUUCCUAUACAACAUAGAUCGGAUUCUGCGGCGUACACUAAAAUACAUUCGGACAUCUGC